UCCAUCAACCUGCGAGAUCAACCAGUCAGGAAGCUCCAUGGAAUUGGAAAAAGCGAUUUACACUUCGGUGGAAGUCUUCAUAGCUGUCUGCUGCUGCCUGGGGAACAUGUUGGUGGUUUUGGCUCUGUGGAAAACUAGAAGCAUCCAACAACCCACCUAUUGCCUCAUUGUGUCUCUGGCUGUAGCUGACUUUCUUGUUGGCGCCGUGGCUAUACCGUUGGCUGUACUGGUGGAUGGCCAAGUGAAGACUUCCUUCCACACUUGUCUUUUCAUCAGCUGCGUGGUCAUCCUGCUAACCCUGGUCUCGGUCCUCUGUCUGACGGCCAUUGCUGUGGACCGUUACCUGCGCCUCUCUCUCCCUUUCUGGUACAGAAAGACUGUAACAUGGAGGCAUUCUUAUUCUGUGGCUGCUGCAUGCUGGGUUGUUGCCAUACCACUGAGUUUUACCCCCAUGCUCGGAUGGCAUGAAAGCUCGCACAACUUUACAAAUUCAGAAUGCAGGUUUGUGAGUGUGAUUCCUGCUGAUUACCUGGUGUACUUCAACUUCUUUCUCUGCACCUUAGCACCAUUGCUGGCGAUUACCGUAUUGUAUAGCUACAUUUUCUUCUACAUUCGAGAAAAUCUCAGACAGAAACCAGGCAACGGCGCCCAAAACCAGUCGCAAAACUACCUAAGGAGGGAGAAACAGCUGGCGUCCUCUUUGGCUCUGGUUUUGGCCCUUUUCGCCCUUUCCUGGCUCCCUCUUCACAUAAUGAACUGCAUCACAUUGUUUAAUAAGUCAAAGCCGGUGAGCAUUAUCGCUUUCCAUGUCGGCAUCGCCCUUUCUCAUGCUAAUUCGGCGGUGAACCCAGUCGUGUAUGCAUUUAAAGUAAAGAAGAUCAGGAAAGCGUACCUAAACAUCUGGGAACGGUAUACUUCUCGCGAAGGAGAAAGUCAGCAAGGUCAAACCAGCAAGAGCGACGACAUGCUGAGCUGCAACAAUAUCAUUGAGCCCAAUGACAACUGAAGGGCAAUAUCUGUGAACAUGUUGCAGCCUCUUGAUUCUAAUCCAAGGUUUUCAUCUCAUAUAGAAAGCUAUAUAGAAAUUGUAAUAAUAUUUAAAAAUUGCUUUUAUAUUAAUGCUGAUAAUAUUUGUCAAUGAA